UCUUAGUGGAAGGACCAUAUCUACAGCCUGAAAAAGGAAACAGCAGCAUUGGAGUCCGUGACCGCGGAUCCAGUACAGACAUCUUAACUAUCGCACAUCUAAACCAUUUUUACAUUAAAACUGCAACAGCGAAAGCACACAUCAUCAUGGCAGUCCAACUGUUCAAGAAGACGGCAUUUUCUUCAGUAUAUCAAAAAUAUAUGACUCCUGUCUCCAAUGAAGUAAUUAACAUUCUAUUGUCCUAUGUCAAAAGAAAAACAAAUGGGCAGCCUCUUGAAAUGCUGGUGGAUGUUGGCUGUGGGACUGGACGCUACACUUUACCUCUAGCUCCUCACUUCAAAAAUGUCCUGGGAAUAGACAUGAGUGAAUCCCAAAUAAAUUUGGCUAAACAAAGUACAUCCGCAAACAACAAUGUGUCGUACAUGGUGGCUUCAGCGGAGAAGAUACCUGUGAAGAAUGAUUCUGUGGACCUGGUGCAUGCUGGACUUGCUGCACAUUGGUUCACAAUAGACAAGUUUCUAAAUGAGUCAGUUCGAGUACUGAAAACAAAUGGAUGCCUGGCUUUACAUGCUGUAUCUCCGGACAUUGAGCUUGAAUACAAGGAUUUGUCACGUGAUCUGAACGCAGUAAUGUCAAAGGUGCGGGAUACGUUGUUCCAGUAUUUUGAUGAAACCACAGGGCACAUGCUUUGUCAGUACCAAAAUAUAUAUGAGGCUAUUCCACUAAAAGACAAGGAAUUGAUCACAGAUAUACCAGAUACUGUUCAGCUGUCCAUUCCUGAAUUUAUUGGAUUUAUCCAGUCGAUUUACAUGUAUCAGACAUUCAUGGAGAAAGAUGUGAAAGGAGCAAAACAUUUCCUUACCCAGACUGAAAAAAGAUGCCGAGAGAUACUUGGAGAAGAGGCUGAUUCUGUCCGUCUGAAUAUGCAUUUGAAACACUAUUGUGCCCUUGCUUGCAAACACUAAGAUGACGACCUACUGAAUCUAUAUAUUCAAAUCAUGAAGUCUUCUUUUUUCUUCUACUUGUUUCUUAUACUGAACAAAGCUAAUGUGAUUAAAAUCAUUUCAUUGAAGGGAAUCUGUCAGCAGUUUUAACCUAUAUGGGGGCUGGGGAAACAGUACAAACAUAACUUUUGUGGAGCUUUUAUUAGCAAUAUAAACUUUUAUUCUGCCAAUUUCUGCUCCUGCAAGAGCCCAGGAGGAGGUGCUUCAUUGUGAAGUGCUCUAUGCAUUGAGCUCUGCCCAUCAACUCUGACUGUCAGCUGUAGUAGAUGGGAGAACAGUGAGACAACUUACUAAAGAGAGCGCUUUACAGUGAACCACCAACUCCUGGGCACUUGCAGGAGGAGUGCCUGGCAGAAUAAAAGUAAAUACACUACUCCUGAUAACAAAAGAUAUUUGUCCUGCUCACUUCCUACCUAGUGCUGUCAGUCAUUUUCCAAGGCCAGAACUUUUUACUGUCACAGAAAAGGGGAUCAGGGCUCUCUCCCUGUUUUUUAGAACGAUUAGAAUAUAGAUAUAGAUAGUAUGGAUAGAUAGAGUAGGACAAGGGUAGGUGGAACAGGUGGCCACCUAAGGCACCAGUGGAAUAAGAACAAUGUAUCCUUUUUUAAUAAAAUAAAAAAAUUAAAGAUUUUUGAAGGAUUGAGAUGAAGCCAAAUACGAAAUGGAUGGCUAUAAAUGGAUAUAGAUACAUUGUACAGAGGCCACUUGGUCCUACACUGAGGACUGUACAUGUGUAAAAUGUAUGGGAGGAAACUAUGAAGUAUGUAUUGGAAAUAAGAAUGGUACAAACUGUGGAAAACAAGUCAUUCAAUUAAGGAAUGUGUAUCCUACAUCUGUGAUGGCCAACAUUACAGAUCAAGCAUGGAGUGGGCAGAUCCCUGUUUGGGCACCAGAGAAGCUGUACCACUACUGCUACAUAACAGAAACAGUAGCAUAAAAUAUAAUUAACAUCAUACUCUAAAUUACAGUGCAGGAGAAAGCUAAUGUGGUCCAAGGGGGAGACGUUGCGGGUGGCAACCUGUUCCUAACAGAAAAGGGGAGCGGAGCCAAACUAAACAUAUAUAUGUGUGUGUGUGUACAUAUUUUUAUAUAUAUAUAUAUAUAUAUAUAUAUAUAUAUACAGUAUAUAUAUAUAUAUAUAUAUAUAUAUAAAAUUAGACAUCAUUAUACUGCAUUUUACUUUAACAACCAAUAAAUGCUUAGUGGGAUCAGCGGCUGAAACAAUCUGGUAGUGGGACCCAUUACUAGUAGGGAUGAGAGUUAUACAUAGAAUACUACUACUUUUAAUUCUAUUACUUCUAUUGUUUUCAUUUUUUUAUUUCCAUUAUUGU